GAGCCGGGCUCGGGGCGGGCCGGGGCGGGCGGAGGCUCUGGCAGCCGCCGGCCCGCGGUGGAAGAGGAGGAGGAGGAGAGGAGGGGGGCAGGCGGCGAUGGCGUUCAUGGAGAAGCCGCCUGCCGGCAAGGUGCUGCUGGACGACACGGCGCCUCUGAGCGCGGGGAUCGAAGCCAGCCAGAGCCUGCACUCGCACACGGAGUACAUCAUCCGUGUGCAGAGGGGGAUUUCCAUAGAAAACAGCUGGCAGAUUGUGAGAAGAUACAGUGACUUCGACUUACUCAACAGCAGUUUGCAGAUUUCAGGUCUAAGCCUACCUCUUCCUCCCAAAAAGUUGAUUGGCAACAUGGAUCGGGAGUUCAUAGCUGAAAGACAGAAGGGCCUCCAGAACUAUCUCAAUGUCAUCACCACAAAUCACAUCCUGUCCAACUGUGAACUGGUUAAGAAAUUCUUAGACCCCAACAACUAUUCUGCAAAUUAUACCGAAAUUGCCUUGCAGCAGGUUUCGAUGUUCUUUCGAUCCGAGCCAAAGUGGGAGGUGGUGGAGCCAUUGAAAGACAUAGGUUGGAGGAUCCGGAAGAGGUAUUUCCUAAUGAAGAUCAAGAACCAGCCAAAGGAGCGCCUGGUGCUGAGCUGGGCUGACCUUGGCCCUGACAAGUACCUCUCAGAUAAGGACUUUCAGUGGAUAGUCAAACUCCUUCCUUCCUGUUUGCACCCGCACAUCUACCGGGUCCCCUUUGCCACGGCCAGCGAGUCCUCUGCUUUGGUCAUCCGGGCCUUUAACGAGAAGGGGACGCUGAAGGACCUCAUCUACAAGGCAAAGCCAAAAGACCCGUUCCUCAAGAAAUAUUGCAAUCCCAAGAAGACUCAGGGCCUUGAGCUCCAGCAGAUAAAGGCUUUUGGGCGGCAGAUCCUGGAGGCAUUGAAGUUCCUCCACGAAAAGGGCUUUCCUUAUGGACACCUUCACUCCUCCAACGUGAUGCUGGAGGGAGACACGUGCCAGCUGCUGGAUCUCGAGAACUCCUUGCUGGGGCUCCCUUCCUUCUACCGAGCCUACUUCUCACAGUUUAGGAAAAUUAACACGUUAGAGAGCGUGGACGUCCACUGCUUCGGACAUUUACUUUAUGAAAUGACCUAUGGCCGGCCCCCAGACUUGGUGCCAGUGGACACGUUCCCGCCUGCUCCAUCUGACACUGUGGUGGCUGUGCUAGAAGUCCUGCUGUCUCAGGAAGCCUGUAAGAACGGCAUGCCCACCAUCUCCCGCCUCUUACAGAUGCCAUUGUUCAGUGAUGUUUUAGUAACCAGUUCAGAGAAGCCACAGUUUAAGAUCCCCACAAAGUUAAAAGAGGCACUGAAGGUCGCCAAAGAGUGCAUAGAGAAGCGGCUCACUGAAGAGCAAAAACUGCUUCACCAGCAUCGGAGAUUGACAAGGGCCAAGUCCCACCACGGCUCUGAGGAAGAGAGGAGGAAACGGAAGAUUUUAGCCCGGAAGAAAUCCAAACGCUCGGCCUUUGAGAGCAGUGAGGAGCAGUCGGUCAAGUAUAGCAACUCCAAUAAUUCAGCAGGAUCUGGGGCAAGUUCCCCGCUGACAUCCCCAUCGUCUCCAACGCCGCCCUCGACAGCAGGUUCACGAUGGAAGGGACCUCAGGAGCCACCCAAUCUAUCUCAUGUAAGGAGGAGGGUCAAUCGAAUCAAUCGAUCAACUACUUGGCCCUGACUUAAAAUCAGUGAUGAGAUAUUGUGCCCUGAGAUCUUCAUCAGGUCAUUCCAACCAUGGAUUGUGCUCUCCUUUCUCAUCAGCUUUCAAAAACUGGCCUAAAUUCCAUUUCUUCCACAAAAUCAUCCCUGACUACAUCAAACAGAAGUGAUCUCUCCCUCCUCAAAAAUCUUGUAAUAAUUAUCAUUAUAAAAGCUUAGCAUCUGUGUCUGGUAGGCAAGGUAAGAAAAUUGUAUCCUCUGGGGCUAUUGUCCCCUGGAGUCUUCGUAUCUGACUGUGACAUGGUUCAUUUAUAAUGAAUAAACACCCUGAGACUUCGG